CGACUUCUUUUGCCAUCGAUCUCCAACUUCAUUUCACAACCAUCACAACCAAUUGCUCCCAUCCCCGAGACCCCCAACUCCAUCACCACCCAUUUUCAUCAACAUGCCCCGCCAAGGAGGAGGAAGAUCUGGAGGAGGAGCGCGCGCUCCCGCUGCUCGCCGCCCGACGGCUGCCGCUCCCCCCAGGCCUGCCACUCAACCUCAGCAACGUCAAGCAAGCACUGUGGCACCAGCACCACCGGCUCAGCCGGCACCUCCUGCACAAGCACCAGCUAGUCAGGGCCCGGGACUCUUUGGCCAGAUGGCCAGUACCGCUGCCGGUGUCGCCGUCGGCUCUAGCAUCGGCCACGCCAUAGGCGGCUUCUUCGGCGGCGGCGGAUCCUCAUCCGAAGCUGCAGCGCCCGCCGCCGCACAGGAGACCGCGCCCGCGGAGCAGACCUUCGCCAACACCACAAACAUGUCGUCCGGCGUGUGCAGCAGCGAGGUUGGCACGUUCCGCAAGUGCAUGGAUCAGAACGACGGCAGCUUGACUAUCUGCGGGUGGUAUUUAGACCAGCUAAAGGCGUGCCAGCAGGCGUCGAAGGAGUACUAGAUAUCCGCACUACCGGCACCUCGAGAGACACUUCGCUCAGGCAUGGCCAGUAACCCAGCAUAAAGCAUAGAUAAAGGAGUUCAGUUUGGCUAUCAGCGAGCCGUCCUGUAAAGUAGCGAAGAAUGUGAUUCGCACGGAGGCUCUCUCCCCUCUCCAAAUAUAUUUUUGAUCUACGUUCCUCAUUACUGCUUGUGCUGUUCUCGCUAAAGCGGAUCCCUUCAACUCCUUUCAGCAUGAAUGUGGAUAUUAGAAAAUGACCAGCCGUGUCCUCUGCCUGUACAUUGUCUAGCAAACUCUUCAAAUGCGGUGGCUCCCUCAGGUUGCCGUCUUAUAGCAUUACUUUUUAUAAGAAUGCCUUACAAUUCCAACACCAC